AUGUCGCACCAGAGCGAGAAAGAUGAAGAAAUGGCGGGGUGCUCGGGCCCAUCCCGAUGGUGCCAUUGUGCAUGCGACUCAGUUGAAAGCGCUCGUAGGCCGCGUUUAAAACCUUCACCCAAGAGUCCACCGUCCGAACGUAUUGCACACGCGGCUGACUGUACUUUGCAGGCGGCUAGCGGUGACGCGCGCGUUUUACACGCUCCCAUGAGAGAGGAACCAUAUCGUAUCGUCGGUGACAUUUCAGUGUUUCCGUGUGUCGCGCUGCGGCCGUUACAGGCUCUGCGUCGAACGCAGGCCCCCUUGGGCUUGUGCGAAUUGGCGGCGAUCGCGGGUCAACGGCCUCGGGGGGCGCUCGGCCCACUCUGCUCACUCUGCCCACUCUGCCCACUCUGCCCGCUCGGCCCACUCGCUGGACUCGUUGCGCCCGCCAGACCGCGCCGCUCCUGUUCGGCGCCCUAUCUAAACUCAAGUAAAGAAAGCUCGCUAAAUAAAAAAAUUAGAAGCAGGGAGUCGCUUCUGUUUGAUGCGGUACAAGCGUGCGCGGGAGCGGAAGCGGGCCGCUCGUCCGUCGGCACUUACUUUGCUGCCAUGCUAUUUUCCAUUGCCUGUUACAUUUUCAAGGAAGCGCACACAACAAAUUCUGACAUGGCAAGCCUUAACAUGCACGCAUAUUGUCCAGGCGCUCUCUGGGAGCGGCUUCAAGACGCAAUUGUAGUGGAAGAACUAACGAUCGCCGAACGGGCGCUGUCUCCUCGGGUAGCAUUAUUUUUAGUCUGUGGCGGCGCUGUCCGCGGCGCCUCGCCACUCGCUCGGCCGGAC